GUCCCUUUAGCAUUUGGGGCCUAGGAAAAGCAUAAACCCGACGAAGUUAGCCCAGAAACCAAAAACCCCUGAGUCUAAAAUCAAACUGGUUUUCUCCAUUAUCAAAUAUGACCCAAACCAACUCCGCCUCCACAGCAGCAGCAGCGGCGUCGGAGCCAUCAGCGGCGGUGGAGAGCUAUGUAAUGGUGCACAACAUUGCUAAGCGCCACAACGUCGGCACAUUAGCCCGUAGCGCCACCGCAUUCGGCGUAUCAGAACUAAUUCUUGUUGGCCGCCGUGACUUUAAUUCCUUCGGCAACCAUGGCUCCGUCUCUCACAUCGGCAUACGCCAUUUUCACUCUCUCUUGGAGGCUCGCAACUUUCUCAAGGAAAGAAAUUGUGAUAUAUGUGGUGUAGAGAUUACAAAUGAUGCUAAGCCUGUUAAUCAACAUCCUUUUACCAGGAGCACUGCAUUUUUACUUGGCAAUGAGGGAACAGGCCUUUCAGCCAAGGAAUGCGAGAUAUGUGACUUCUUUGUGUAUAUUCCCCAAUAUGGAGGUGGGACUGCUUCAUUAAACGUUACUAUAGCAGCUUCUAUAGUCCUUCAUCACUUUGGAGUCUGGGCAGGAUUUACUGAGAGGAUCCGUGAUGGAAACAAAUUUGUUGUUGCUGAAAGGCCUACGCGACAAUCAAGGCGUAGCUUGUGUACAGAAUCAGAUGAUGCUAUUGUAGAGGAGCGUCGUCUGCGGAAGGAAAAUGCUGCUAGUGGUUUCUUUGGUGAACUUGAUGAUACUGACACAGGCACCAACCUUUUGUUUGACAAAUUAGAGGAUAGUAAAGGAGAUUUUACUAUUUGAUGAAAUCUGCAUAAGCAGUUACUUAUAGCUCCUUGAAAUAUAUCCUAGAUGGCAUCGACUCUUACAGCCACGGAGAGACUUCAAAACUUUUCAAUGAUGACUUUUUAGUUGAUGUCACUGAGGUGAAAUCUUGAUUAUAUAUGAUGAAUUCUGAGCCAUCAGUGAGCUCAAUAGUUCAUACAUUAGCCAUAUGGAAGUCUUGCGACUGAAUUGUUGUGUAACCCCUAGGUGUGUAUUUCCCCUUUUUUGUAAGAAAGUUCUUCGGGGUUGUGUUCGAAAUGGGCUGGAGGAGGGUUUUUGGGUAACAAAGACUCGUGUGAUUACUUUAAUAUAUUUAUUUUGGUUUGAUUACUUUAAUAUAUUUAUUUUGGUUUGUUUUCUGAUUUAUCUAAUACAAGAUGUAAAGUAAAUGGAUAGAAGCUUUUUUUUUAUUGAGGAGUUAAUCAUCUU